CUCUUUGCUUUAUUUUUUAUUUCCCGGUGUUCGAUCAACCAUGUCUGCGGAAAAUCGUGUCAAGGAUAAACGAAUUAACAAGCAACGUGUGUUGUUGCUGUCGUCUCGUGGUAUUACGUACCGUCAUCGUCAUCUCCUCACCGAUCUCGAAGGUGUAUUACCUCACGCCAAGAAAGACGCUAAACUUGAUACGAAAAACAACUUAUACGUCUUGAACGAAUUGGCGGAAUUGAAUAAUUGUAACAAUGCGGUUUUCUUCGAAGUACGAAAAAGACAAGAUCUAUACAUGUGGAUGGCCAAGACCCCCAACGGUCCUUCGGUGAAAUUCCACGUUCAAAACUUACACACCAUGGACGAGUUGAAAAUGACGGGCAACUGUUUGAAGGGAUCGCGCCAUGUGUUAUCGUUUGAUAAAAACUUUGAUUCGGAGCCUCACUGGCAGUUAUUGAAGGAAUUGUUCUCGCAAGUGUUCAAUGUACCUAAAGGCUCUCGACGUUCCAAGCCUUUUGUCGACCAUGUUCUUUCUUUCUCCAUUGUCGAUAACCGAGUUUGGUUCAGAAACUAUCAGAUUGUGGAAAAGAAUGCGCAGAACACCCCUGGAUACACCGCCAAAGAUAAAGACGACAUGGCCUUGGUUGAAAUUGGACCUCGAUUCUGUUUGACCGUUACACGUAUCUUUGAAGGCGCAUUUGGUGGACCCACUGUCUUUGAGAACCCCGAAUUCGUUCAUCCCAACUUUAUUCGUGCUGCUCUUCGAAAAGAGAAACUUGGAAAAUACCAAAAGAGACAACUGCAAUUGAAUGAACUCAAGACGCGAUUCAAGAAUGCGGAAGGAAAACAAUCGGAUUUGAGUGAUAAGAGCGUGUUUGAGUAAAUGUAAUAUAGAAACCAUAUUAAAAAUUUUCUUUUAUGAUUCCUUUCAUGACAAAUACAUUUGAUUUGUCGUCGUCACCUAAGCACCAACAAAGUAAAAACGAUUACUUUUGUAAAAAAUCUCAUGACACUCUCG